AGUGCGGGAGAGUGAACGACAGACACCAGGGGGCUGGGGGAAAAGAGGACCUACGGGAGAGGGCGAGCCAGGCACUAGCUAGAUGAUGCCGGGCUUGGCACGCGGAGCUCCAUGUAUCACAGACACGCAGGAGGAGAGGCCAGAUGACAGACGGAUGCACGGAUGCACAGACACACGUAUAGCUCCAGAGAGAACACACAGACCCGCAGACACACCACCCAGCUCCACAGAUGUCGGGGCGACCCGAGGACACGCGCGCGCACACACAGGUGCCUGGCUCAGCGAGACGCCGGCGAGAAGGAAGAGGAGGCGAGAGGUGAACUGAGUUUGAUCCUGCGGCGGCUACAAGAAUUUGAGGGGAGAACUUUUGACAAAUCGAUCGCACUUUCUCUCCGAUAGCUCUUACGAGAGAGGCUCCCGCUGGACAAAGUUUUCCAAAGUUUUCCGAGUGUGAUGGUUUCGGGGAGAGCUAAUCCAUCAGCUUGAUUCACGGCUUCAUCUCACCACCCCUCGAGCAGCCCCUAAGCCCGCUAUAAGGGAACAAACAAACAAACAAACAAACAAAGUUACACUCCGAGUCGUCUCCUGUCUCCUCUCUCUUCUUGUAGGCAAUUUUUUUCCUCCCUCUCUCCGCUCCCCUCGCAGCCUCCACUCCCCUUCCCUCAGCCCCUUCCCUCGGCCCCUUCCUCCUUCUCUGUUUCGGCUGGAGGUGCCAGGACCCCCGGCCGCAGCCUCCCCUCCCCCGCCGCUCGCGUCCCUUCUCAUCCGGCCCUCCCCUCCCCCGCUGCGGACUGCACAGCCAAUCCCCCGAGCGGCCGCCAACAUGCUCUUUGAGGGCUUGGAGCUGGUGUCGGCGCUGGCCACCCUCGCCGCGUGCCUGGUGUCGGUGACGCUGCUGCUGGCCGUGUCGCAGCAGCUGUGGCAGCUGCGCUGGGCUGCCACCCGCGACAAGAGCUGCAAGCUGCCCAUCCCCAAAGGCUCCAUGGGCUUCCCGCUCAUCGGAGAGACCGGCCACUGGUUGCUACAGGGUUCCGGCUUCCAGUCGUCGCGGAGGGAAAAGUAUGGCAACGUGUUCAAAACGCACUUGCUGGGGCGGCCGCUGAUCCGCGUGACAGGCGCAGAAAACGUGCGCAAGAUCCUCAUGGGCGAGCACCACCUGGUGAGCACCGAGUGGCCACGCAGCACGCGCAUGCUGCUGGGCCCGAACACGGUGGCUAACUCCAUCGGGGACAUCCACCGCAAUAAGCGCAAGGUCUUAUCCAAGGUCUUCAGUCACGAGGCCCUGCAGAGCUACCUGCCCAAGAUCCAGCUGGUGAUCCAGGACACGCUUCGUGCCUGGAGCAGCCACCCAGAGGCCAUCAACGUGUACCAGGAGACACAGAAGCUCACCUUCCGCAUGGCCAUCCGGGUGCUCCUGGGCUUCAGCAUCCCAGAAGAGGACCUGGGCCAUCUCUUCGAAGUCUACCAGCAGUUUGUGGAGAAUGUCUUCUCCCUGCCCGUCGACUUGCCCUUCACCGGUUACCGGCGGGGCAUUCAGGCACGGCAGAUCCUGCAGAAGGGCCUGGAAAAGGCGAUCCGGGAGAAGCUUCAGUGCACCCAGGGCAAGGAUUACUCGGAUGCCCUGGACAUCCUCAUCGAGAGCAGCAAGGAGCACGGCAAGGAGAUGACCAUGCAGGAGCUGAAGGACGGGACCCUGGAGCUGAUCUUCGCAGCCUAUGCCACCACGGCCAGUGCCAGCACGUCCCUCAUCAUGCAGCUGCUGAAGCACCCCGCUGUGCUGGAGAAGCUGCGUGAGGAGCUGCGGGCCCAGGGCAUCCUGCACAGCGGUGGCUGCCCUUGCGAGGGCACGCUGCGCCUCGACACUCUCAGUGGGCUCCAUUACCUGGACUGCGUCAUCAAGGAGGUCAUGCGCCUGUUCACACCCAUUUCCGGAGGCUACCGGACCGUGCUGCAGACCUUUGAGCUCGAUGGUUUCCAGAUCCCCAAAGGCUGGAGCGUCAUGUAUAGCAUCCGAGACACCCAUGACACGGCGCCCGUGUUCAAAGACGUGAACGUGUUUGACCCGGAUCGCUUCGGUCAGGCCCGGAGUGAAGAUAAGGAUGGCCGCUUCCAUUACCUCCCGUUCGGCGGUGGAGUCCGCACCUGCCUGGGCAAACACCUGGCCAAGCUGUUCCUGAAGGUGCUGGCGGUGGAGCUGGCCAGCACGAGCCGCUUUGAGCUGGCUACCCGGACCUUUCCCCGCAUCACCCUGGUCCCUGUCCUGCACCCUGUGGAUGGCCUCAGCGUCAAGUUCUUUGGCCUGGACUCUAACCAGAACAAGAUCCUGCCAGAGACGGAGGCCAUGCUGAGUGCCACAGUCUAAAGGCGCCUAGCCCGUACCCCCACCUCAGCCCAGCCAGGCCUGGGGCGUCCGGGGGUGGUGGGAGGCACCAGAAGGGUCGAAACCUGUGUGGGGGAGGGGGCGAGAACCUGGGGAAGGGGGAGAGGCGCCCCCAUACCUUGCCCUCCCCUGUUCCCCCCCCACCCCGACCCCGGCAAACCCUACCCAAAGCCAGAAGGGCCCCAUCCUUCCGGGGGAAGGGCCCUUCCCCUGGCUCUUAUUUCUACCCAGUCCCUCCAGUUCCCACAGGCUUAGCCCCCUGGGGGAAGUGACAGGGCCGGGCACUCCGCAUGCCCAUUACAGUGUUAAAUGUCAGUGGCUCAGCUGCAGCAUUUGCUUGUGAUGUUCCCAACUGGUCCCAGCUCUCCAUUUCUUUUGGACCCUUUUAGUCUGAGGGCGGGUGGUUGAUGUGGGGGAGGGACGCAAGGAGGGGCCCCCUUUGGCUCUCUCUUCAGCACCACCCCCCUUCCGGCUUUGACCCAGACUGGUGGAAUGUCCCUCCUGGUGUGGCUGCCGAAGAACAGCAUCCUGGGUAAUAGAACACAAGUCACCCUUGCUUGGUGGGGGGGUGGACUGCAAGCAGCCUGGAGGGGCCCCACCCCUUUGCCAGUUUGGACAUUUGAAAUUACCUAUUGCUGCUACUUUUUCUCUCUUCUGACCUUGGGGCAAAGGAGCUCCAGGCCCUGUCCUCUCAGCAUGUUCCCUGGUGGCCCUGGGCAUGCGCACUGAUGUCCCCACCUUCCUGCCAGGCAAUC